AGUGUCCUGUGCAUGUCAGUAUGGCUGGGAAGUGCACAAGCUGGCUUUUUCCUGCUCCCUUGAGCAGAGCUUCCGGCCAGGAUGCCCAGCGCUCCCUCCGUAGUUGGUUGAGCACCUUGCACCUCUCUGGGCGAGCAGUCUCAUCCCUGCUUUGAUGAGAAGGAAUGGAAGCCCCCUCAACAACCCCCACCUGAAUGCUUCCUCUUCCCAGACCUGGGUUCCUCGACAUGGAUCAGGAAGUUGGUGCCUGCCGUUGUCACCUCCACCCUUGUUCGGAGGCUGGUGAGCCCAUCUGCCGCUGACCCCCAAGUCCACACUGGCAGGGACAGACAGCCUGGAGCCAUUGACUGGGAAGGAGGCUGGGGAGCCCAGCCCUUCCCCGGCCGCCGUCAUUUCUCAGUAGCUUGAGUGGCCUUAGGCUCCGGGAGAGUUCUUGUGAACAAGGAGUUGUCUGUUUACCACUGCCUCCUCAGACAGGCAUGUGGGGGUGUCCGGUAUACAGUGGGUGCUUAGGAAAUGCUGGCUGAGUGUAGUUGAACCGUGACUCUGCUCUCCUGCAAGUCACCAGGGGCCACACCUGUCCCCUGUGUUUGGAGAUGGCAGGCAAAACUAGUGGGACUCUCAGAAGGUCGGCUGAAGAAGGCUCUGUGUCAGGGGUUGGGCACUGUGUGUUCAGGAGGCCUGGGUUAGGUCCGGCUUGCCAUGUUUGAGUGGCAAAACCCUGGAGAGGUUAUUUUACCCUGGAUGCCACGAUAUCCCCAACAGGUAGAAUCCAAAUUGCUCUCAGUGACCCAAGGCUGUGUGGCAUUCUGUCCCAGGAUCAUCUUGCCCAGGCACAAGGAUUUAGGAUACUCCCUAACUUCUACCAUACAGGGGAACCUAGGACUCAGGGGGUAUCACUGCCCUUCAUUCCUUCGACUCCCAAUGCAGCAACCCCUCUCACCAGUCAAUCAUCCAGGAUCCCUGCCUGAGAAGACCCUAGUCCCUGGCCCCUCCCCUAAGAAAGAGGUCUAGGACAGCCUGGUUCGUGCUGGACUCAGGUGGGGUGGGGCUGAUGGUUGAGGCACCCGGCUGAAAGCUUUGAUCCGCAGUGGGAGGAGCUUGUGCCCACGUGAAGGGGUCUGGAUGGAUCUCUGUGGGCACAGCCUUUUCUCCUGGGAUGGAUGACUGGCGAGGGAGUGACUUCAGGAGACGUUGAUGGGAGACCAGGGGUCCCUGUGCAUGGUGUGUGUAUGUGACCAUAGUGUUGGGUGCCGGGUGGGCAGUUGGGGUUGGACUGCUGUGUGGCUCUUGUGUGGUGGCUUCCUAAGGGAAGGAAGGAGGCGGCUGAGAGCGCCCCCUGAACUGGCCCUUUGGCCGCUGAGGGCUCCAAGACGCCAGCCCCGCCCUCCCAACGCGAGACCACGCCCAUCGUGGCCCCGCCCAGAGGGAGGCCCCGCCCCCGGCCUGCUUUUGCGCUCCGAGCGCUCCACGCUGCGCCGCCGCAAGCAAUGGUUCACAGGGCCCGGCGCUGGGCGCGCGGCCCCGGGCGGAGGCGCGGGGCCGGGGCGGGACCCCACGGGGUCGCCAGGCUUGCGGCGAGCAGCCGAGUAUCGUCGUAGGGGACGCGGGGCGCGCGUGGGCCGGGGUGAGCAUGAGGACUCUCCGCAGGUUGAAGUUCAUGAGUUCGCCCAGCCUCAGUGACCUGGGCAAGAGGGAGCCGGGCGCGGCGGGCGCGGACGAGCGGGGCACGCAGCAGCGCCGGGCCUGCGCCAACGCCACCUGGAACAGCAUCCAUAACGGCGUGAUCGCUGUCUUCCAGCGCAAGGGGCUGCCCGACCAGGAGCUCUUCAUCCUCAACGAGGGUGUCCGGCAGCUGCUGAAGACAGAGCUGGGGUCCUUCUUCACUGAGUACCUGCAGAACCAGCUGCUCACAAAGGGCAUGGUGAUCCUUCGUGACAAGAUACGAUUUUACGAGGGACAGAAGCUGCUAGACUCGCUGGCGGAGACCUGGGAUUUCUUCUUCAGUGACGUGCUACCCACGCUGCAGGCCAUCUUCUACCCCGUGCAGGGCAAGGAGCCGUCAGUGCGCCAGCUUGCCCUGCUGCAUUUCCGGAACACCAUCACCCUUAGCGUGAAGCUGGAGGACGCGCUGGCCCGCUCCCACGCUCGUGUCCCCCCUGCCAUCGCACAGAUGCUGCUGGUACUGCAGGGAGUCCAUGAGUCUAGGGGUGUGACCGAGGACUACCUGCGCCUGGAGACACUGAUCCAGAAGGUGGUGUCACCGUACCUGGGCACCUACGGCCUCUACUCCAGCGAAGGGUCCUGCACCCAUUCCUGCAUUCUUGAGAAACGGCUCCUGCGCCGCUCCCGCUCCGGGGAUGUCCUAGCCAAGAACCCGGUGGUGCGAUCCAAAAGCUACAACACGCCCCUGCUCAAUCCCGUGGCUGAGCAUGAAGCUGAGGGUACAGCGGCCGGUGGUACAAGCAUCCGCAGGCACUCAGUCUCCGAGAUGACAUCUUGUCCUGAGCCCCAGGGCUUUGUGGACACACCUGGUCAGGGCCCCUCGGGGACCUUCAGGUCCUCUCCGACACCCCACUCAGGGCCUUGCCCCAGCAGACUAUACCCCCCUGCCCAUUCUUCCGAGCAGGGCCCAGCCCACGGCUCCCCACCCACCUCCAGCCCUGAGACACUGGUGGACCAGAUCCUGGAGUCGGUGGACUCAGACUCCGAGGGAAUAUUCAUUGACUUUGGGCGGGGUAGUCGCUCCAGUGUGUCUGACUUUGAUGCAACCGGAAGCCGACCGAGGGUUGUGUGAUGACCUGAGGUUAGUUCUUGUUUUUACUGGCCCGUGUGUGUGUGUGUGUGUGUGUGUGUGUGUGUGUGUGUGUGUGUGUGUAUGUGUGCGCGCAUGUCUGUAUAUGUGUGCGUGAGAGACUUGUUACUCUUUCCGAAUCUCGCCAGCCCCCUUGUCACACUGCCUUGGUCACUUGUUACUCCCAGUCUGUUGGAAAACCUAUCCACUUCCCAUGCUCACCCCAGGUCUGAUUGGGACAUCCCGUUGGCACCACCCAGAUACUCAGCCACCUCGAGGAUGUGGUCACCAUGUGCCCUCCUGCCUGCCCCACCCUUGGUGCCCACACCUACCCAGGAAAAUGUGAAGCCAGUGGGUUCUGCCUGUGCCAGCCCAGCUUGGCCCCCACAGUGACGGGACUCACGCCACAGCCAGACCUGCCUCCCUCUGCCCUGGGUGGCCACGAAACAGGAAGGCAUGAAAUAAAGUUACAGCUCCAGG